UCUACAAAAGGAGGGCCGGGCUAGCUGAGCCAGAGGACGCCCGUCUCUUUGUUAUUCUGACGGGCUCUGCAACAGUCGAUCGAUCGAGAGGGGGCGAAGCCGCGACGGACAAUAUCGAGGAGGAGGAAGAGGAAGAGGAAGAAGCAGAACAGCAGGAGGAGGACUGGAGGAGGAGCGAGACGAGGAAGUUGUCCUUUCAAGGGAGGUAGUUUAUCUCCAAAGUUGAUCGAUUGAUCGCUUUCCUUGUGCUUGGUCAUCUUCAGUCAUCGCCCUGCAUCAGUGAUGGCGUCUAUGUAUCACAGUGGUGGUCCUGGAAGGCCACCACCUCCCUCUGCCUUCCCGCCUCAAUCACAGCAGCAACAGCAACCGCCGCCACCACCUCCCCCAUCAAUGGCCUCCUCCUUCAGACCUAACCACAACCCUCCUCCUGCUCCCUCCCUUCAACCGAAUCAAUACCCUCCCGCCCAUCCCCACCACCAGCAAUCUUACCGCCCUCCUCCCUAUCACCAACCUCCUCAUGCUCCUCCUCCUUCUGGCCCUUCUCAUAAUUUCAACCAAAUGCGCCCCAACUAUGGAUCUGCCCAAUUCCCUCAACAGUACCCAUAUCCCCAUCUCCCCCCACCGCCCCUGCAGCCUCCUCCUCCUCCACCACCGAACAAUCCUCAGGUCGUCCCUCCACCUCCGCUUCCUCCUUCCUUGCCCCCACCUCCUCCUCCGCCUCCAUCCAGCAAUUCUCAGCAUCUUCUUCCUCCUCCUCCGCCCCCGCCAGGACCAGCGCCCCAGUACUACUCCUCUUCGCAGUAUCCUCAAUAUCCUCCUCCCUCUUCUCCUCCGCCCCCACCUCCGUCGUCUCCUCCGACGCUACCACCGCCUCCCCCGAACCCACCUCCUACUGCCUCUGGAAUCAGGCCAGUACAGUCGCACGCUUCUCAUCAUCAUAGACAAAAGGAGCGCCCUGCUGCUAGUGUGCAGAAACCCGGGCGGGACGCGCAGGCUGCUGCCAGGGUGGAGACUGAAGAGGAGAGGAGGAUCCGAAAGCGGAAGGAGUACGAGCGGCAGAGGAUGGAAGAGAAGCAGCGGCGGUUGAUGAAAGAGUCGCAAGCAACCGUGCUGCAUAAGACUAACUUGUUGUCUUCAGGUGCGAAGAUGCACGGCUCCGUAACUGGAUCGAGGGGUGUCGAGAGGAAGGCUCCAUUUCUUACCGCGGAUAGGGUGGAAAACAGACUAAAGAAGCCCACCACGUUCUUGUGCAAAUUGAAGUUCAGGAAUGAACUUCCAGAUGUAACUGCACAGCCGAAACUCUUAACCAUGAGCACAAACAAAGAUCGAUAUACCCGAUAUGCCAUUACAUCCUUGGAGAAGAUGCACAAGCCAAAGCUUUUUCAUGAGCCUGAUCUUGGAAUACCACUUGAUCUACUUGAUAUCAGUGUAUAUAAUACCCCCAGCAUAAGGCCGCCUCUUGCUCCUGAAGAUGAAGAAUUGUUGCGUGACGGUGAUGUAGCAACACCUGUCAAACUAGAUGGAAUCAGAAGGAAGGAUCGCCCUACUGAUAAAGGUGUUUCCUGGUUGGUCAAGACUCAAUACAUCUCACCUAUUAGCUUGGAUGCUGCAAAACAGUCUAUAACUGAAAAACAAGCUAAGGAAUUGCGGGAGACAAGGGAAGGGCGUAACCUGUUCUUGGAAACCCUCAAUAAUAGGGACAAGCAAAUCCAGGCCAUUGAAGAAUCAUUUAAGGCAUCCAAGUCGCGUCCAGUACAUCAAACCAAACCCCAACUGGAACCUGUUGAGAUUUGGCCACUAUUACCUGAUUUUGAUAGGUAUGAAGAUAGGUUUGUUACAGUGGCUUUUGAUAAUGAUCCUACAGCUGAUUCCGAAAUCUACAGCAAGUUAGAUCGUGAUAUUCGUGAUGAUCUUGAAUCAAAGGCUGUUAUGAAGAGUUUUGUGAUCACUGGUUCCGACCCAUCUAAACCAGAGAAGUUCCUGGCGUAUAUGGUUCCUGGCCCUGAAGAGGUUUCAAAAGAUAUGUUUGAUGAAAGUGAAGACGUGGUAUACUCGUGGAUCAGAGAGUAUCACUGGGAUGUUAGAGGUGAUGAUGCAGAAGGUCCCACCACAUAUCUUGUUCAUUUUGAUGAAUCAGCCGCCAGAUAUUUGCCUCUACCCACAAAGCUUGUAUUACAGAAAAAGAAGGCAAAGGAAGGAAGAUCUGCAGAAGAUGCUGAUACCCAUUAUCCUGCACCCUCAAGAGUGACAGUGAGGAAGGGUUCAUCUGUUUUCAUUGGUGACCAAAAUGAGCAUGGAAGAAUUUCCUCUGAUCAUGAUUAUGCUAACAAUAAAAGAGGCAUUUCCAACUCAAAGCGGGGAAGGUCUCCAAUUGAAGACAACAAUGAGAAAAGGCGUAGAACAGAACAUGAACUGGGCUUGGAACAUUUUAGUGGAGAUGACCUGUCAGAUUGAUAUUCACUGUCAUUGAAAGUCAAGGAGGAAAGGCUUUUCAAGCACAGCGCAAUGCUAUGCUUGAAAUCUGAAGGGGACUGGCUUGCAUUUGUUUUCUCAACACUGCAGGCUAUGCAUUUGGGCGAGUUCACAUGUACAUUGGUGCUUCACAGCAACAGAUGCUGAAGUUGACACUUACCAAAGUGAGAACAUGCACGGAACAGGGAAUGGGUCCUUCCCAAGUAAACGGAAGCAUGAUCUUGAAUCUUUCAUUUUUUAGCAGAAACCUUGUAUAAUAGGAUCUUCCCAAGUCGUCUGUUCUAAAUAUGUUCAUUUAUCUUGUAUCUUGCCAUUUUUUGAACUUGGAAUAUAUUUAUAAUUUAUCUACAGAACUAUAAAAAAGGGGAUAUACCUCUAAUGUUCACAAAAAUUUUGGUUCAUCCUGGUGUAUGUGCAGCAGAACUGCUUCUGAUUUGAGGAAUGUACAGUUGAAAUCUUUAAUCUGUAGCAGUUGAUUGUCUUAUUACAA